ACUUCCUUUUUAACUUGUAGUCUUAUGUCAGUCACAGCUAGGAUGCUUUAGCUCUAGCAUUAGCCAACUAGUUAAACAACCUCCAGUCACCGGAGAAGCAUUUUGCUGUCCGCAAGGUCCAUCAGCACCUUUUCCGUAAGCACAUAAGCAAUUCUGUGCACUUUGGAAAUGCCGAAUAUUGUGCUUUUCAGCGGGAGCUCCCAUCAUGACCUGUCACAGCGAGUGGCAGACCGCCUUGGCUUUCAACUGGGCAAAGUAACCACGAAGAAAUUCAGCAAUCAGGAAACAUGUGUGGAGAUCGGGGAGAGUGUUCGUGGGGAGGAUGUCUACAUCGUGCAGAGUGGUUGCGGGGAGAUUAAUGACAACCUUAUGGAACUUCUCAUAAUGAUCAACGCAUGCAAGAUUGCUUCCUCAUCACGCGUCACUGCUGUGAUCCCCUGCUUUCCGUACGCUCGACAGGACAAGAAAGACAAGAGCCGGGCUCCUAUCUCCGCUAAGCUGGUGGCCAACAUGCUGUCGGUGGCCGGAGCUGACCACAUCAUCACCAUGGAUCUGCACGCCUCACAGAUACAGGGUUUCUUUGACAUCGCCGUGGACAACCUCUAUGCUGAACCUGCAGUGCUCCAGUGGAUCCGGGAGAACAUUCCAGAAUGGAAGAACUGUAUCAUCGUCUCACCCGACGCAGGUGGAGCAAAGAGGGUGACCUCCAUUGCCGACCGACUGAAUGUGGAGUUUGCGCUCAUUCACAAAGAGCGCAAAAAAGCAAACGAAGUGGACCGCAUGGUGCUUGUCGGUGAUGUGAAGGACCGCGUGGCUAUCUUGGUGGACGACAUGGCCGACACCUGCGGAACGAUCUGCCACGCUGCCGACAAGUUGAUCUCUGCGGGAGCAACAAAGGUCUAUGCCAUCCUCACACAUGGCAUCUUCUCCGGCCCUGCAAUCUCACGCAUCAACAAUGCACCUUUUGAGGCUGUAGUUGUCACCAACACAAUCCCCCAGGAGGAGAAGAUGAAGCAAUGUCCGAAAAUACAGGUCAUCGACAUCUCCAUGAUUCUGGCCGAAGCCAUCCGGCGUACCCACAAUGGGGAGUCGGUGUCCUAUCUCUUCAGCCAUGUGCCCCUGUGAAACGCUUGCUCCCGAAAGAAACAGGGCGAGGCUUUUUGCACCUCUCGUCCACACCAGCCAGUCCAUGCCCUGCUCCUGCCACACACACACACACACAUACGCACAUAUAUACGCACAUACAUACACACACUCAUGAGGCCAUCAUGUGUGGAAACCUAUAGCAAGUGGUUGGUUGCUUUGAAAGUUGUUCUCACAUUCCUUUCAUCAUUCCCCACAAUGCAGAGCACCUCCUGGACAAUCUUGUUUUUUUUUUUUUUGCUGUUUUGUUUAAUUUGUGUAUGCAUCAUGUUUUUUCACUGUCAUCCUGGCCCAGAGAUCUUGUCGCCUAACAUUUCCUUUUUUUUUUUUUAAACCAUAAAUGUUGACAACUGUCAGUAGUUGUCAACAUAGCUCAAGUUUGUUCUCUGUGAUGGUCCCCUCUAUAGCGCCUCUUGUCCCUCCUCUAAGUCUUAAUGGGUAUGCUAGCGAGGUAUUCAAGUUCAUCUACGGACGAUUUGAUUUUGGAUCACACUUUUUUCUGAGACCUGGAUUAAAUGCCCUAAAAGAAAACCGUGGAACGGGCAUGUUUCUUUCUGUGUGUUAAUUUCUCCUCGUUUUGAUAUGUUUAAGCCAGUGAUUGACUUUACCAUCCACAUUUCCAGUGUUUUAUUUUGUAUGGUCACAAGUUUCAAGGUAAUAUGGACACUCUUCAGUCUUGAUGUUAUAGCAACGGUUGUAGUAAUCAGAGCCAUGUUAACACAUUGUCUCCUUUUGUGCUAAUCUUUGUAGCCUUAGUCUGAUGUAAUUCCUUAAUCUGCUGGUUGACAGAGUUUAUAUGCCAAUGUCCUUUCAUUCCCGUUUUGUGUAUUGUUUGUUCUGGGCACCGUCUCCUAAGGGAUGAGGAACAUGUCCAAAUCAACUGACAUGCAGCUCACUCUCAUUCACAUACUGACACUGUUAACGUAACUGACCUCAUUUUUUGUGAUCAUUUAAUUGUUGCACCUUAACACAAAUGUAUGGACACCUCCAGCCUGUUCUCAGUGUUCCAUGAUGGCACCUUUGUUGGUACUGAUGCCCAGUCGUCCUGGCCGUCUCCCUCCAGCUUUACUGCACACUGCUAUAUCUAGCCUUACUACUCAUGCGUAAGUGAUAUGUUGAGAUUUACCAAAUGUAGGUACGUACAGGUUGUCAGCCAUCUUGGCCUUGUUUGUUUUGGUGAGGGUGUAAUUGUACACUGGUACCAUCAUUAAAAAUAUGUAAUGCCACAGAGAUGAAACUGUUCAGUGGUAUAGAUUCAUGGAAGUUCUCCGAUGGCCAAUUCAAGGGGAGACUAGGCAUCACUGUCUUGCAUAGGGUGUGCACAAGACUUUUGACUGUUAUCAAUAGUCAAGUGUUGACUUACUAAAACCUAAAACCAAAAUGAUACUUAAAAUAUGUAGAUUACUAAAUUUUGUUAUAUCAUUAUUGAAUCUUGUAUUUCUUUGCCAUCAAGCCUAUUUUGAUAACCACAACUCUUUUUGAGAGGUUUAAUUGGAUCAUCCAUAUUUACACUCUCAUAUUUACAAGAUGUUCACACUGAAACCUUCACUGCAGCAUUCGGUGGCCAAGGAGUGACCUUUGAACUUUCACCUGUUGGAUGCCAGCAUGCAAACCCAGACCCCCUUUGGACCAGUAUUGAGUUUGAAUUUUUAAAAAUGUUCUCUAUAACCUGACACUAGUAUUCUGAUAGCUUUUAUUGCUGUGAACUUGAAAUGACCAGUUUCUUUUUUUUUUAUUCUUUUUUUUUACUCUAUUCUACUAGUGUAGAAAGGGCCAUUGUGUUAAGAUAACAGGAAGUGCGAACACCGACCAAGGUCUUGCGGGAGUCGCUGAGGGUGAGAGGGUGAUGUAACAGGCAAGACGGGUCAUUACCCUCUUGUAAAGGUUCUUUUAGUGUAGUCUGCUCAAGUGCUCUAUUCUGUGGGGAGAGCAUUCAGAAAUAAAGUUAACAUAUUUUUAUGCUAUCAGUGUUCUUUAUCUGACCAUGAAAUAAAAUGCUGACUGUGACCAAAAAGACAUUGAUGAUGAUCUACCUGGUAUGAAUUCAGCAAACAUGCAUCUGUCCCCAGUCGAGAUAUAUUGCUGGUAUAGUGUUUAACAGCAAACAAAAAUGGAGAAAGCAUGAAUAGCUGAAACAUGCUUUUACCUGUUGAUGGUAAUUCACUUGCAGAUUGUCCCAUAUUCUGGAUAUUGUUUCUUAAAUAAAACAGUACAUCACUA